UUUGUCCUGAUUCCUUUAGUGCGACAUCAGUCGUUGCUGCUGGUUCUUAAACAAACACAAGGCUAAAAGAUGAGUGAGUGUGUGAAGGAGGGAAGAGUAGCGUCUCCAGCUCCCAGCUGUGUGUCUCUGAAGAGUGACCAGUCAAGAGAAUACCCCCCAAGAUUCAGUGAUGAACCUGGACCCUCAGACACAAAGCAGCAGCCCUCCUGCUGUGUUGUGUGUGAGCAAAAACUGAAGGAUCCGGUCUCUAGCAGCUGUGGACACUGGUUCUGCAGACAGUGCUUCAGCUCCUACUGGAACCAGUCUGGACCAUCAGAACACUCCUGUCCCCAGUGCGGUGAAAAAUUAAGAAAAAGAGCUGAACUAGACCCAACCAGUCAGACCAGCACCGUCCAAGACCCUGAAUCUCUUCCAGCAGAUGUUGUUUUGCAGGGGACUUUAGAUCAACAUAAGCUCAAUCUGAGGAGCAGAUGUGAACGUGUGACUGAAGGAGGUGAAACAGGAAGUGGAGUCCUCCUCACCAGCAUCUACACUGACCUCUACAUCACAGAGGGACAGAGUGAAGAGGUGAACACCCAACAUGAGGUGAGGCAGCUGGAGACGGCUUCCAAGAAGAAGAACCUCCAUGAGGCUCCCAUCAAGGUCCAUGACAUCUUUAAAGCCUCCUCUGACCCACACGGACCCAUCAGACUGGUUCUGACCAACGGCGUCGCUGGCGUUGGAAAAACCUUCUCAGUGCAGAAGUUCACUCUGGACUGGGCCGAGGGCCGGGAAAUCCCAGACAUCAGUGUUCUGGUUCUGCUGUCGUUCAGGGAGCUGAACCUGAUCAGAGAUGAGCAGCACAGUCUUCUCACGCUGCUUCAUGUUUUCCAUCCAACGCUCCAGAAGGUCCCAGCAGAGCAGCUCGCUGUCCUGAAGCUUCUGUUCAUCUUUGACGGCCUGGAUGAAAGCAGACUCUCACUGGACUUCAGCCACAGCGAGCUGGUGUUUGACGUCACACACAAGUCAUCGGUCAACGUGCUGCUGACCAACCUCAUCCAGGGGAACCUGCUUCCCUCGGCUCUGGUCUGGAUCACUUCCCGACCCGCAGCGGCCCAUCAGAUCCCUCCUACGUGUGUGGACCGGGUCACAGAAGUACGAGGCUUCACCGACGCCCAGAAGGACGAGUACUUCAGGAGGAGAUCCACAGAGGAUCUGUCCAACAGAAUCAUCUCACAUGUCAAGAAGUCCAGGAGCCUCCACAUCAUGUGUCAGAUCCCAGUGUUCUGCUGGAUCACUGCUACGGUUCUGGAGCACAUGUUGACUACAGAGCAGAGAGGAAAGCUGCCCAAGACCCUGACAGACCUGUACUCACACUUCCUGCUGGUCCAGACCAAGAGGAAGAGGAACAAGUACCAUGAGGGACAUGAGACGAGUCCACAGGAGCUCACGGAGGCUGACAGGGAAGUUCUCCUGAAGCUGGGGAGGCUGGCGUGGGAACAUCUGCAGAAAGGAAACAUCAUGUUCUACCAAGAAGACCUGGAGCAGUGUGGUCUAGACGCCACAGAGGCCUUGGUUCACUCAGGAAUCUGUACAGAGAUCUUCAGGAAAGAGAUUGUGAUCCUCCAGAAAACAAUCUACUGCUUUGUCCAUCUGAGCGUUCAGGAGUUUCUGGCUGCCGUCUACAUCUUCCACUGCUUCACCAACAGGACGUCAGAGGUUCUGGAGAACUUCCUGGAAAAAGAAUGCACCAUGUUCUCCCUUGAUGUCUUUCUAAUGGAAACAAUGACCAAAUCCCUGAACAGUCAAAGUGCUCAUCUCGACCUGUUCGUUCGCUUCCUUCAUGGCCUCUGUCUGGAGUCCAACCAGAGAAUCUUAGGAGGUUUGCUGGGUCACACGAAGAACAUACAGCAAACUGCCAUAGAGAGAACCAUCAGAAACCUGAAGAAGAUGAACAAUGACCAAAUCUCUCCAGACAGAAGCAUCAACAUCUUCCACUGUCUGAUGGAGAUGAACGAUCGUUCAGUUCAUCAGCAGAUCCAAGGCUUCCUGAAGUCAGGGGACAUAUCAGAGAAGAGACUCUCUGCCAUCCACUGCUCAGCUCUGGCCUACAUGCUGCAGAUGUCAGAGGAGGUUCUGGAGGAGUUGGACCUGAAGAAGUACAACGCGUCAUGGGAGGGACGACUGAGACUGAUCCCAGCUGUGAGGAACUGCAGAAAGGCUCAACUUUCUGGCUGUGGACUGUCAGAGACUCAUUGUAAAGUUGUGGCCUCAGCUCUGAUGUCCAACCCUUCACAUCUGACAGAGCUGGACCUGAGUAGAAACUACAACCUGCCAGAUUGUGGAGUGAAGCUACUUUGUGCUGGACUGGAGAGUCCAAACUGUCGACUAGAACGUCUAAGAUUGAGGUCAUGCAGGUUGUCAGAGACCAGCUGUGGUUCUCUGGGCUCAGCUCUGAGGUCCAACCCGUUCCAUCUGACAGAACUGGACCUGAGUGACAACGAGCUGCAGGAUUCAGCAGUGGAGCAGUUGUGUGGUUUCCUGAAGAGUCCAGACUGUCGACUGAGGACUCUGAGAUUGAGUGAAUGCAGCUUGUCAGAGACCAGCUGUCCUCUGGUCUCGGCUCUGAGGCCCAACUCGUCCCAUCUGACAGAACUGGACCUGAGUAGCAACCAGCUGCAGGAUUCAGCAGUGGAGCAGCUGUGUGGUUUCCUGGAGAGUCCAGACUGUCGACUGGAGACUCUGAGCUUAAAAGGCUGUGUGUUGUCAAACAUCAGCCUUGUUUCUCUGGCUCUGAAGUCCAACCCGUCACAUCUGAGAAGACUGGAUCUGAGUGAGAACAGCAUCCAGAACCAAGACAUGAAGAAGCUGUGUGGCUUCCUGCAGAGUCCGGACUGUCGACUGGAGACUCUGAGACUGAGUUCCUGCAGCUUGUCAGAGACCAGUUGUGGUUCUCUGGCCUCAGCUCUGAGGUCCAACCCGUCCCAUCUGACAGAACUGGACCUGAGUGAGAACAAGCUGCAGGCUUCAGCAGUGGAGCAACUGUGUGGUUUCCUGAAGAGUCCAGACUGUCGACUGGAGACUCUGAGACUGAAAAGGUGCAGUCUCUCAGGGAUCAACUGUUCCAGUCUGGCCUUAGCUUUGAGGUCCAACCCGUCUCAUCUGAGAGAACUGGAUCUAAACUCAAACACGCACCUACUGGAUUCAGGAGUGAAGCAGCUGUGUGUUUUCCUGGAGAAAACAGCCUGUCGACUGGAGAUUCUGAAAUUAAGUCACUGCAGUUUGUCAGAGGUCAGCUGUAAACUUCUGGCCUCAGCUCUGACGUCAAACCCUUCUUAUCUGAGAGAACUGGAGAUGUGUCACAACAACCUGCUGGACGAACAUAUAAUACAACUGUCUGAACUAGUGAAGAAUCCUCACUAUGGACUAAAGAGACUGAGUUGCCAGUCCUGAGGGUUUGCGUGACGUCAGUGAUCAGUGAAACUCCUCCUCCCACUCAUUCCCUGCAGUGUUCAGGCUGAGCUUUAGGUGGUGGAGAGGGCGUCUGUUAACCACAGGUGCAACUGAGGAAGCUGGUCAAAGAACAUAAAACCACCUGAACCCCGUGUGACAUCAAAACGCUAAUCCUCAUUUUCAGGGGACGCUUCUGAGCUCCACAAGUAAUUACAGUUAAUGACACAGUGACACAGUGUAGGUUAGCACUAAUAUUUUCUUUUGUCUAGAAUCAUUGCUGUUAACAUCUACAUCAGUGGAUAUAGAUCUAUGAAGUUGUCUCUGGUUCAGAUUAUCACAACCAAUAAUACGUUUAGUGUCUGUAAUGGAGAAAUUGUGCCUUUGUGCUUUUUCUAAUCUAACAGAGUCGUCAUGUGCUGGUUAGGUUCAACACUGAACAUUCCUACACAAACAACUAAUCUCUUGUGCCCUGUCUUACAGUACAUCAAGUUUAAACAUCUGAUGUUCCAUUUGACUGACCAAUAGUUAAUGAUAUGUGUUUGUCUUUUACACUCUGUCUCUGUCUCCAUCCUAUCUGACUCCCCACCAGACCCAAGGCUGGUAAAGCGAAUGCAUCUUGAUUUAUAAGCUCGGUGUUUAUUCCUUUGUGUAACAAGACACGAUGAUGCAGAAGUGAGAAUUUAAACAUUCUUACUCACAGCGAGAUAAGGUGCCACAAACAAUUCUAUUGGUGCAGAGAGACAUUCCACCAGAAGCAGAAACAACUUGAGGAUCGUGGGCUCUUUGCAUCACACCUUCGUGGUGUGUGCACUGAUCUCCCCAGCUGGUUUUUGGCUUGUUGAUGUGCACAAUUAACAUCCAUGUUUUUGAUUUGCUUUCCCCUUUAUUUUUAUUUUCCUUUAUUUUAUAAUAAAUCACACAAAAGACAA